AUGCAGAGAGAGGAUGAGACUCCAGCAGCCUGGGUACAACGGUGUCCCCAAAAAGAAAGGGGAAUGAGACAGCCAGAUAUGAGUCCACGCCGCCUGUCAGAUAUCAGCCCUCAACUCAGACAGCUGAAAUCUCUGGUCAUUGAUGAAGAUCUAAAUGAAGAAUUAAAGUCAUCCAGAUCAGUGGAGUGCAUCAACAGUGCAUCUAUAGAAGAACGCAUCCUGAGGAUCACUGGUUACUAUGGUUAUGAGCCGUGGAGUGCAUUCUGCGGAGAAGAUGACCAAUCCGAGAGAGAGAAAGUGGAAGUGAAGGUAGAUGGCCGUGCUCCUACAGCAACUGUUAAAUCGGAGAACGUGACCAGACGACAGAAUCUACGCUGCUGUCUGCACAUGACUGCGGUCCACCUCCAUCAAGCACUAUGGGGUGUCGCCAUGGUGAUCUGCAUCUGCUUGUCUUGGUCCGGCAGCACUCAGUUGGCCAAAAUAACUGUCAGACGCUUGAAUGUUCCUUUCACCCUCACUUGGUUUUCCACCUCCUGGAAUUGUGUCGUCUUUCCUAUUUACUACCUGGGUCACCUGUGCUGUAGCAAGGACAGGCAGACUCCUAGACAGCGGUUCAGAGAGUGUUGUCAGUUCCUGGGAGAUGAUGCGCUUUCUCUGAGGAUGCUGCUUUCUCGCGUGGCUCCGUUUGGAGUGCUGUGGACUCUCACCAGCUACUUGUACCUGCAAGGCCUUCGCAGGAUUCCUGCCACCGACGCCUCCGCUCUCUUCUGCUGUAGUCGCGCUUUUGUCUUCCUCAUAUCCUGGAUUGUAUUGCGGGAUCGCUUCAUGGGAGUGCGGAUUGUGGCAGCCAUUUUAGCCAUCGGGGGCAUUGUUAUGAUGACAUACGCAGAUGGUUUUCACGGUCAUUCUGUCAUGGGCAUCUCUCUUGUGGUCGGGUCUGCAUCAACAGCAGCUAUAUACAAAGUUCUGUUCAAGCUUGUUCUGGGUAAUGCAAAACUCGGCGAAGCAGCUGUGUAUCUCACCAUCCUCGGUGGAGCUAAUUUGGUCUUCAUUAGCGCCGUACCCCUAAUCCUGCUUCUCACGGGAGCUGAGGACUUUGUUUCACCCGGAGAUUUGCCAUGGACAAGUAUCUGUGGCAUGUCUGCUCUUUUGCUGGUGUUCAACUUUCUAUUGAAUUUUGGUGUUGUGAUAACACUUCCUACUCUGAUUUCUCUGGGCAUUGUCCUCAGUGUUCCUGUCAAUGCUGUCAUAGACCGCUACAUGUGUGGGAUCCAGCUCAGCAGUGUACGAGUCAUAGCUGCCUCCAUCAUUUGUCUGGGGUUCCUUCUGCUCCUGUUGCCUGAAGAUUGGGACCAAUGCCUGCCACAUUUACGGUCCAUGCUGUACAACCAGGACCAGCCACAAGAGUGUGCCAGAGACAAGCAUCUAGAGACACUUCACAUCACGCCGAGAGAGGCCAGGAACUGCAAUUCUUCCACCACCUGACCUGGCUGUUGGGGUGCGGACGGGCACAACAUUUGUGAUACAAUUUAAAAUUGCAUACCAAAGGGACAGCAAGAACUGCUUUGAGGGAUGAACAGAAGUUACAAGUGUUUGAAACUGGACCACUGAGUGUGUAAGAGCAAUGUUAUCAGUCACUAUGGCACUAUGUGAUAUGAUAUGUACCUCAUAUAUUUUAUGCAGAUUGUGUAUUGCACUGUCGCUUCAUGUGAUGAAUGAAGUAACAUAUAUUGCCACUCUUUAACAUAACGUAAUACUCCUAUCAUGUUCUAUAAUCUCAAACUGGUUCUAUAUACUCUAUAUACGUAUUGUAGAGUGUUAAG